AUGUCUGUAAUUAAGAAGAAAAAGCACGUUUCGAAAAAGAAUAAAAAGGCAUGGCGUAAAUACUGUGAUAUAAAGGACGUUGAGGAAUUUCUCGAGGACCAACGUCUAGAGGAACGAAUUGGUAAAUUUGAAACAAAACCUGACUCUGAAUUGUUUGUGGUGGACACAGCUGGCGAUGAAAAACCUGAAGUGACAGAUGUUAAGCCACUAUCAUUGAAGCAGAAAAAAAGAGCACUUCUCAAUCAGACACCUAAGUGUUUUGAAGUAUUGCUUCCUACUUCAAAGGUCCAAGAUCCAAAUGCCAAACGUAACCAUGUUAACCCUGUGGGAGCCAAACCCACCGCACUAAGUAAGCUCACACAGAAACGACGCUUUGAAAAGGGAGCAUAUGUUAAAAAAGUGGAGCUCGUGAGAAAGAAUAAGAAAAUUGCUCUAGCCAAAAAAAGGAAAGCGAAGGAAAUAGAAAAUACCUUUAUAAAGAAUUUAUGGGGUGAUGAAUUACCAGAGGUAAAAGGCAUUCCAUCUACACUAUGUGAUGAUUUUGUAUCAGAGGAAGCUCAGCUUCAUAACGUAUUACCAGAAAAACGCUUACGUCCUAAGCCACCGCCACCUAAAACUGUGGCUACCCGAGCAGCUAUUGAGACACCGCACCCUGGAGUCAGCUAUAACCCCUCUUAUCAGGAGCAUCAAGAUCUCCUCCAAGAAGUAGUGCAGCAUGAGGAGAAGAUGAUGAAGAAAGAGGCCCACUUACAUCGAGUGACUACAAAGAUGUUCAGCAAGGUGACUGCACAUGAUAAAGAGAACCAAUGGCGUGAGGAGAUGAGUGCAGGCUUACCUCAACCCCAUAAUCCAGCAACCGCACCAUCUGAUGAGGAAACAGACAACGAAUACAAAGCCAUCAACCCGCCAGUCAAGAAUAAGAAGAAGGACCACAAAGCGAGAAGGAAACAGAGGGAGAGGAUAGAAGAGAGGGAGAGGUUGAAGCGAGAGAAGAUUGAAAAGAAAAAGAUCACUGAUAUUUACAAGCUCCGUAAACUCCAAUCGUCGAUUUCAGCAAAAGAGAAACGGCAAGCUGAACUCCAAGCCAAGCGUACGGCCAAGCGCGAGUUUAUUUCGGCCACGGCAGUCCCAGCGCUGAACGCCCAUAAGCCUCCUGUUAGGGAACCUGACUUGGUGGAUCCCAAGCAGCUCACAGGAGACUUGAGGAAUAUAACCACUAAUACUAACCUUCUCCGAGAUCGCUUCGAGUCGCUUCAACGACGCGGUGCCCUCGCCGCUUCCAAGUUGAUGAUGAAGAAGAAGAAACGCGUCAAGAGCUACUUCAAGCCGGGACACAAGGUCACCGAGCAGGACAUAGAGAAGUACGUCCAGAAGAUGAAGGGCAAGAAAGACCCAAAGAAGAUCGUUAUUAAAAAGUGA